AUGGAGAUAACUCACGACAAGGAAGCUCUUCCUAACAGAAAGCCUCCCACCGAACAGGACAUUAUUGAUGAACUAAAAUUGAGAUCAAAGAAGUAUCUCAGAGGAAAAGGUGCUAAUUUGAAGGGUUUAAAGGAUAAAAAGCUUAGGAGUCAGUUAGUUGCUAGAGAGAAAUUAUAUGGAGAAUCUGCAAAAGCUGCUGCCCAGGCUGAGAAAUGGAUUAUGCCUAGUGAUCAAGGUUUUUUGGAGGCUGAAGGUCUAGAAAAGACGUAUAGGAUCAAGCAGGAGACAAUAGCCCGUGAAGUCGAUAUUUUAAGCUCAAGGAACCAAUAUGAUAUUACUUUACCAGAGCUUGGUCCAUAUACUCUAGACUUCACUCCUAGUGGCCGGUAUAUGGCUGUUGGUGGUCGCAAAGGCCACCUAGCAAUUGUGGACAUGAUGAAUCUGAGCCUUAUCAGAGAGCUUCAGGUAAGAGAAACUGUGCGUGAUGUGGCAUUUUUACAUAAUGAGCUCUUCUUUGCUGCUGCCCAGAAAAAGUAUUCAUACAUAUAUAGUCGUGAAGGCACAGAGCUUCACUGCCUAAAGGAUCAUGGUUCAGUGUUGAGGCUGCAGUUUCUAAAAAACCAUUUUCUCCUGGCUUCUACCAACAAAUUUGGGAUGCUUCUUUAUCAGGAUGUUUCAACGGGUGAUGUAGUUGGGAAAUAUCGAACUGGUUUGGGACGUACAAAUGUGAUGCAAGUAAACCCUUACAAUUCGGUUGUUUCUUUAGGUCACUCAGCCGGUACAGUUACUAUGUGGAAGCCAACUAGUUCUUCUCCCCUUGUCAAGAUGCUAUGUCAUCACGGGCCAGUCUCGGCACUGGCGUUUCACCCAAAUGGCCACAUAAUGGCUACAGCUGGGAAAGAUAAAAAAAUUAAACUUUGGGACUUGAGGAAGUACGAGGCUUUUCAAACAUUACCAGGCCAUGCAAAUACUUUGGAGUUUAGUCAAAAAGGCUUGCUUGCUUGUGGUAAUGGUUCAUAUAUCCAGGUUCUUAGGGAUGUUUCUGGUGCACAGAACUAUUCAAGUUACAUGACUCAUUCAAUGGUAAAGGGUUAUCAGAUAGGGAAGUUAGCUUUCCGACCAUACGAAGAUGUUCUAGGCAUAGGGCAUUCAAUGGGUUGGUCUAGUAUUCUUAUUCCAGGAGCAGGAGAACCCAACUUUGAUUCAUGGGUUGCAAAUCCAUUUGAGACACCUAAACAGAGAAAAGAAAAGGAAGUACAGUCUCUUCGUGAUAAGCUUCCAGUCGAGACAAUCAUGCUAGAUCCCAGCAAGAUCGGUACUGUGAAAUUUACUAAAAAAGAGAAGCCAACUGUGGAAAAGAUGGAUGCUGAUAUGGAAGCUGCUGUUGAAGCUGUCAAGGGCAAAAAACUGAAAAAGAAAACAAAAGGAAGAAGUAAGGCAGGUAAAAUAAUGCCUAAAAAGCAAGAUGCAAUUGCCACGGCAAAGAGGCCUUAUUUGGAGCAGAAAAUUCAAGAAGAGAAAAAAGCAUCUAGUAAGAAACAGAAAACCAAUGGGGGAGUUGAACUACCAAAAUCUUUACAGCGGUUUGCUCAUAAGAAACCAUCAUCAUAA